ACGAAGCUGGCAAACAACUCGAACACUGCUGGGGGUGGCCCGGAGCGGCCACCACAGCGGGAGCAAUCGCAACAACAACAUCAGAACCACGACCAGCCACAGCGAAACAAUAGCCAGCAACAGCAGCAGGAAGCAGGCGGUGGUGGUGGUGGGGGAGGAGCGGCCAGUAACCAAAAUGGGCCGCAACCGGAUGGGGCUGCUGCUGGGGCCAUCCAGGAGUGGAAUGGUCCUAGCGGCAGCGGAACCAACAACAACAGUAACAGCAACAACAACAAUGCUGGAAAUAACAACAACAACAACAACCCGCCACAGCAGCAGAAUGCCAACGCGAACGCAGCCAACAACGAAGAGUGCGAUCGGUUCAGCUUCGAGGACUCGGACCGGUUCGAGGAGGACUCGUUGUGCAGCUGGAGUUCCGAGCCGGAAAGCGUUUGCAACAACUGGCGGGGCUGGAAGAAGCCGGUGGGGACGUCCAUCGUGUUUGGUAUCAGCGGCAAUCGGCGGGGCAAUGAAUCAGACGUCACCACACUCACAGAACUUGCCGCCCGUUGCGUGGCCUCGUUCAUUCCGUUCGAGCUGGUAGAGCACGUCUACCCACCGGUUCCCGAACAGCUGCAGCUCCGUAUCGCUUACUGGAGCUUCCCGGACAACGAGGAAGACAUCCGGCUGUACUCGUGCCUGGCCAACAGCUCGGCGGACGAGUUCCACCGGGGCGACCAGUUGUUCAAGAGUCGGGCGGUAAAGGACCCACUGCAGAUCGGGUUCCACCUGUCGGCGACGGUCGUGGUGACCCAGCCGAGGAACCAGUUCAAUGUGGCAGUUACGUUUGAUCGUAGAAGAAUUUCGUCAUGCAGUUGUACGUGCUUGCCGGCAGCUUACUGGUGCUCGCACGUGGUGGCCGUAUGUCUGCACCGGAUUCACUGUCCCACGAAGGUCAGUCUUCGAGCGCCCGUUUCGGAGUCCCUGUCGAGACUGCAGCGGGAUCAGUUGCAGAAAUUUGCUCAAUAUCUGAUAAGUGAACUGUCGCAACAAAUACUCCCAAUCGCGCAGCGUCUGUUGGACGAGCUGUUGAGUUCGCAGCCGACAACGAUCAACACGGUUUGUGGUGCGCCGGAUCCGACGGCGGGUGCCUCGGUGAACGACCAAACCAACUGGUACUUGGACGACAAGACGCUGCACGAUAACAUCAAGAAGAUCUUGAUCAAGUUCUGUUUACCAACGCCCAUGGUAUUCAGCGAUGUCAACUACUUGACGAAUUCAGCUCCGCCGGCGGCGGCCGAAUGGAGUUCGUUACUGCGACCGCUGCGAGGACGCGAACCGGAAGGAAUGUGGAAUCUGCUGUCGAUCGUGCGGGAGAUGUAUCGGCGAUGCGAUCGCAACGCCGUCCGGUUGCUGGAAAUUAUCACGGAAGAAGUGAUGGCAUGUGAUCAGAUUCUGGUUUGGUGGUUCAACAUCAAGCUAGCGCUGCUGGUCGGUUCCAACGGACACGGCGGGGGAAAGCACAGCAACACACACUCAAACUCAAACGCGACACAACACGCGUGUGCGUCGCUUUGUGAUGAGAUUGUGGUGCUUUGGAGAUUGGCCUCGUUGAACCCGGGACUGGCGCCCGAUGAGCGGGACAUGCUUCACGCACAGUUCACGACAUGGCAUCUGAAAAUACUGGAUCGAGUCGCAAAGAACAUGGUGGCGUCGUCCUCGCACAGCAGCAAACAACAGCAGAACCUGCGCAACGAUGCGGAACUGUUUGCCGGGUUCAAGCCGGCCAUCGAGGCAUGCUAUUUGGACUGGGAAGACUACCCGAUCGAGGGAAUAACGCACACCCAGGACACGAAUCCAAUGUACCACUGUCCGUUCACGUGCUUCAAGCAGAACAACGAGUCGAAGGGUGAAUCUGGCCCCGGCCAGGUCAACUCGAGCCAAGCGAUUCUGCAGAACAACGUGAAGCAAUUUCAGCAGUUGCCACAUCACCACCACUUUCACCAUCAUCACGGCCACAGUGGCGCUCACCACGGAGGCAACAGCAGCAACGUGGUUGCUUCGGCCUCGUCAAGUUCCGGUGUCGGUGGAGCUAGCAGUAGUGGCGGAGCGGUGGCCAUCGCGACGACCAGCAGUGGUGCCAACGCCAAUCUACCAACGAGUAGUUCAAGUGCUGCGGCCAAAACUCAUCACACGAGACGCGACUAUCGAUCACAUCGGGACCGAUGCUACGGAUCGAGCAACAGCAGCAGUGACAGCGUCCCCGAUCGCUUCAACGAGGCAAACGCAAGCUCAAAACUAGAACCACACUUGCCAGCGGCCCCAACAGGCGGUGCAACCGGUGGAAACCGGUCAAGCGUUAGCAGUGAGGGGUUCUGCGAAAACGACGACGACGUCAAUGUGGUGGACGAUCUGCCCACGCCGGAGAUAAGCAAAAAGGACGAAAGUGUGAGCGAUUCUUCAAAUAGCUCUUCGUCGAGCGUUGAAGAGGGAGCGGCGGCAAGCAAAUCUGCCAACGCAGCUGCCAACGACGCAAACAGCAUAUUGAACGACAUGAACAACUACGAGAUAUCCGGCAACAUCAAGCUGUACGAAGUGUACAACCAGGAGGUGCCCCAAUCCGGCACGUCGAGUUCAACCUGUUCGUCAUCCCCUUCGACGGCGACAACCGCGACGAAGAUUGUUCCGCCAAAAACAGAUCCGGAAACACCGCAAAGCUCACAGCAGACUCCAGCAUCCUCCAGCGUAGCUAAGGAAGCAACACCCGACUCGGACCGCAACCUGCGGCGACCCUCGAAGGACGAAAGCCUUUCGAGUUCGGACAGCGCGCAAAACAUUGACGAAUACGGAAUGUACUAUUACGACUCGAAGCAAGCCCAGGCCCAAAAAGAGCAAGAACAACAACAACAAAAGCAACGCCAAGAACCGAAGCAGCAACAACCGCCGCAGCAAGUGUUUUCCAACCUCAAACCAACGGAGGACGCUUGGGACAUUCUGUUUGCCCGCGCCGAAGGACUUCAUGCACACGGCCACGGUCGGGAAGCGUGCAUCCUUGGCGUACGGUUAGCGGAGGAGAUGUUGGCGAAUCCACCGAAUCUGAUGAUUGAGUUGCCGCCGCCACCGAAGAAGAAGGGCAAGAAGCACAACAUCAACCCGAUCUCGCACCAGCUGAGCGUACUGGCCUCGGCCACGCUCGCAAAGUGCGCCUUCCUUUGUACGGUUCUGGCGGAAAACUCCGAACACUAUCAUCUGGCGUUCCGGGUGUGUCUGUAUGGGCUGGAAAUGUCCCGUCCACCGGCAAGCACAAAGCCACUUGAGGUAAAACUCGCCAAUCAGGAGUCGGAUCUGCUAGCUCUCUUGAAGCGCAUUCCGCUGGGACACGCCGAACUGCGCAUCAUCCGCGAGCGGGCGGAAGCUCUCCGAGAUGGGUUGCUAAAGUCCCGCGGCGAGGCGUUGCUGCCCAUCAUGUUGGCCAGCUUCAUCUUUGACGCACUGGUGAUGCCUAGCGUACUUGGCCGGGAAAACCGCAUGAAGGUGAUGAGUCAAUCGUUCCGAUUGCCAACAGAUGAGAAUCUGGGAUUCGAAGCGGCCGUAGCCGCACUAGGACUGAAAGCCAACGUGUCCGAAGCAGAACAUCCGUUGCUCUGCGAAGGAACACGUCGGCAGCGAGGAGAUCUCGCGCUGACAUUGCUCUCUUACUACAAGGAUGAACCGCGGAAGAUUUGUCGCGUGAUGGAGAAGUUGCUGGAUCGGGAGAUUCAUUCGCUCAUCAAAACGCCUCUGCUUCCGUCUUACUACUCGAACAAUCCUCCAACGCGGAGUCAAACGUCACAGCUGCGAAUGGAAGAGUACGAAACCAACAGUCAACAGCAGCAGCAGCAACAGCAGCUGUACGGUGGCGCUGGAGAUUUGCAACAGCAGCAGCCUCACCAUCCCGGUUUGCCGCAGAAUGAGUUCAUGGCCGCCAAUAGUCGACCGCAGAGCAGUACAAGUGCGGAGGUUGAAAUUGGAAUGGGCGCACUCAGCUUGGGUGCGCAACCCCAGCAGCAGAUGCCAGCGGGUCCCACUCCGGGACCUUCGAACGCAACACAACCCAUUAUGUCCGGCGGACCACCUGGCAGUGUUGCCGGGUCGGUGUCUACCAACACGACUCGUUCGAAGGACUCUCGUUACAAGGGCAAGCGAGCCUAUCCGUCGAUUCCGAAUCAACCGUCAGAAGCUAGCGCUCACUUUAUGUUUGAACUGGCCAAGAAUGUGCUCACAAAAGCGGGUGGAACUUCGUCCACAUCGUUGUUUACGCAAGCCUCAACCAACCAGAACCAUCAGGGACCGCAUCGUGGGCUGCACAUGUGCGCCUUCCAGCUGGGCCUGUACGCUCUGGGUCUGCACAAUUGCGUCAGUCCGAACUGGCUGUCGCGAACGUACUCAUCGCACGUGUCCUGGAUCAUCGGCCAGGCAAUGGACAUUGGCGCUCCGGCCAUCUCCUUCCUCAUCGACACCUGGGAAGGUCAUCUGACGCCACCGGAAGCUGCCGGAAUGGCCGAUCGGGCAUCGUCUCGCGGUUGGGACAGCAACAUGGUCAAUCCGGCCGCCGAGCUGGCGCUGUCCGUUUUACCCCACGCCGCAGCACUCAAUCCAAACGAAAUUCAACGCGCAAUCUUGCAGUGCAAGGAGCAAAGCGAUCGUAUGCUAGAACGAUCCUGUCUGACCGUAGAACAAGCUGCCAAAGGUGGUGGCGUAUAUCCGGAAGUGCUGUUUCAGGUUGCCCGCUAUUGGUACGAGCUGUACCUUAGAAACACCCCCGGCGGUGAAAUGGAACCGAACGAACAGCACGACUACUUCAACGUCAACAUCAUGUCGCUGAUGGACACCGGAGAUAUGCAGCAGCAAGCCCAACCUCCACCUCCAGCGAAUCCACCGGUCGUGGUCAGCGCGACACCGCCACAACCCUACCAGCAAACCGUAACGACGCUUGCCCCAAUCGGAAUAGCCCCGUACGGACCGUACAGUUUCCCCUGUCAAGGCAUCUACCACCAGAACAUUCCCUACCAAGCCAACCAGAUGCAAAUGUAUAUAUCAACUCCACCCCAAUUCCAAUAUCCACCCCCACCCCCGCACAACAAUCCACCCCAGCAACAACCGGGUAGUUAUCAGCAACCGAUGAACGCCAGCUAUCAGCCGAUGCCACCGCAUCCGCUCGUUCCCCCGCAGGGCUACAACCCUUCGCAGUACCCGCAAGUUCCGGUGCAGGUCCAGGUUCCACCGCCGCAACCAAACCAACAACAACUCCAGCAGAACCUCCAGUACUACGGCGCCCAAGGUGUCCCAAUGCAGCCUCAGGCCCCACAACAAUCCCAACAACAACAACCACCCCGACCCCAACCCGGCCACGGCUAUCCUCCCUACGCCGUUCCGCCCACAACGCCCCCGGUUCGACCCCGCCAUCCCCAUCAGUUCACACCCACCCAGCUGCGCUACCUCCUGGCAGCGUACAACGCCGGAAUGCUCGCCCUUGAAACCCUAGCCCGGCGCGUCCACGAUGACCGACCGCAGGCCAAGUAUGCCCGCAAUCCGCCGUACGGCGAGGACGUCAAGUGGCUGCUGCGCAUCUCGAAACGACUCGGAACGCAGUAUCUGCACCAGUUUUGCGUGUGCGCCGUCAACUCGAUCGUGUCGCCGUUCGUGCUGCACGAGGUCGCCAUCGAGUCCGCGCACUAUCUGGCCCGGAAUAAUCCGGCGAUUAUUCCGCAGCACCUGCGGUCGGCCCUGGCCCCGCUCAUGCAAAAGUGUCAGCAAAUGUACAUUCAGUGCAUCCAUCAGAAAUUAUACCAUCUUACGGUGGCGGAUUAUGAAGAGUUUACCAGUACGAUCCUGUCCGCGCGGAAUGCAUUCCAGAUUACGCCGGAGGGAAGCGCGCAGUUUAAGGAUUGGCUGCAGUCUAUCAAAAGAUCAAAAUCGUGCAAAAAGGAACUGUGGACACAGAUCAACGCUGCGCUCAACUCCAAAUGACAAAGACUAGAAUCGAUCGGCUCCGAACUGAACAACGUUCUGUCGGCUACCGGCAACAACAGCGUCUCGAGCGCC